AUUAGGGAGUUUUUGCAAUCUCAUGUAUCCAGAUGCGGUGACCGCUAAAAUCACAUUUAGUGGAUGGAAAGUCAAACUAUACCAUCAAUGAUAUUUCUUUAAGAUGGAACUCAAGUGUGCAGUUCAAACAUAUGCUUGGGGAAAACUUGGUAUGAACAGUAUUGUUGCAUCUUUAAUAAAAUCAGCCAAUGCUGAUUUUGUAGUGGAUGAACAGAAAACUUAUGCAGAAUUAUGGAUGGGUACUCACGAGAAUGGGCCAUCAUAUCUCAAGGAUACAGAUAUUCCCUUGCAGAAAUACAUUCAGGAAAAUACUGCAGUAUUAGGCAGCAAUGUUGUACAAACAUUUUGCUCCAACUUGCCUUUUCUCUUUAAAGUCUUAUCUAUAAAUAAAGCUUUAUCCAUUCAAGUACAUCCGAAUAAGCAAAAGGCAAAUGAGUUACAUGAAUUAUAUCCGGAUGUCUACAAAGAUCCAAAUCACAAACCAGAACUAGCUAUAGCUUUGUCUCCUUUUGAAGCGCUGUGCGGAUUCCGUCCAAUCGAUGAAAUAAAAGAUUAUGUAAAUAACAUACCAGAGUUACUUGCUGUCAUAGGAGAAACCAAUGUCCGUCGCUUAACUCAAACAGAUGAUUCUAUGAUCAGUGAUGCUUUGCAACAGAGUUUUCACAGUCUUAUGACUUGUGAUUCUAAUGAAGUGAUACGCCAAUUAAGAAGCUUGAUAGAUAGAUUACAUAAUACAGACGAUUGUUAUAGGCAACGGGUAAAAGCUGACCUGUUAGAGCGUUUGCACAAUGAUUAUCCUGGAGAUGUAGGCUGUUUUACAAUAUAUCUGUUUAAUUACGUGACGAUGCUACCAGGUGAAGCAAUAUACAUUGGACCAAACAUACCUCAUGCAUAUCUUUCUGGCGAUUGCAUAGAAUGUAUGGCAUGUUCAGAUAACGUAAUAAGAGCUGGACUCACACCAAAACCAAAAGAUAUAGAAACUUUAAUCCAAGUACUGUCAUUUGAAUGCAAAUCUAUCGAAAAGAUUCAACCAUCUCGGGAAGAUACGUUUACUCAAGUUUUUCGUCCACCAAUUUCAGAAUUUGCAGUUGCCAAAAUCACUUUACCGCCUGGACAACCAUCUUAUAAUUUAAAACCGAGAAACUCGGGUAGCAUCCUUUUAAUAGUAAAUGGUAAAGCAAAAAUAUCUUCUAAGAUUUUUUCUCGCGGCUCCGUUUUGUUUAUUCCUGCUAAUGAUGAAGUGGAGAUAAAAGUGUUAUGUGGUUGCCAUCCUAUGCUGAUGUUCCAAGCAUUUUCAAAUAUUUAAGUAUAUAGAAUAUUCAACAAACAUUAAUACUAGUGUAAAAUAUGACUAAUCUUUUAAAAUAGUCAUAUAUUCAAAAUUAUAAAUUUCGAUAUGUAUAAUCAUGUUUACUAUCUGGAAGAACCUGGAAUUUUUAGAAGACGUUUUUUUUAAAUUUCUUU